AGCAAAACUUAUAUUUAAAAAUAUAGAUUUUUUUGAAUAGCCUUGUAAUUGUCAACUUCCAAAAAUAAUGGCCAGAAUACUUUUUUUUGCCAAAAGUGAUUCUCCCCUUCUUUUUCUUCCUUGCUUAAAACAUCUUUUGGCAAGAAAGGGAUGGCGAUUUAGGACUUUUACUAUUUUAGGAUGGUGACAAUAUGCUAAAUGAGCUUGCCAUAAUCUCACCCCACAAGCGGUUUUAAUGGAGAAAUCAGUUAAAUCACAUAAUGCAUACCAUACCAUACCAAGCAUGCUUUGAUAUGUAUGGAUGUGGAUGCAAUAGUUAAGCAUAAAGUGUUGAAAUUCAAUAUAUUUUAAUACAUUAAAUAUGCAUUCAAAUGUAUGGGCUGCAGUUUAAAGCUGUGGUUGAAUAUCAACAUUGUUAAUAGGCAUGUGUGUCGGAGUGGAUGGGGGUUUUUAUGGUUGACUAUUCCAAUAAUUUCCAUGAAAGCGCGCUCUCCACAGACAUUCCUACAGUGGCUCCUCCUUUCUCUACUCCAACUGCUGCGCUCGUCACGUGUCACCCCGUCCACCAAUCAGCGUUCACCAGAGCCAGCCCGGAGAGCAGCAGUCCUCAGAUCCAGCCAGCCACUGCUGCGACCCACUCCGCUAAGCGACAGCAGUGGCGGCGGCGGCCGGGGGAGGGAUUGUUUUGGUUAAAGUUUUUGGGAUUGUUCUUUUAUGUUUCUGUCGGCGUCUUAAUAAGAAGUUUAUCUUUUAAGAUGUUUUGUGCGCUUUUCAUUUUACUCACCGGUUUUCUUCCCCCCACUCGGAGGAGAGACUGUGGAUGAAGCGGUUUUAAAAGAGGAGCAACUUUUCCCAAACCAACCAACCAACAAACUAACCAACGGGCUGACCUAUGCUAAGCUAACCCGCUAGCCAGGAGUCUGGAAUGCAGCCGGGGUUUGUCCUUAAAGUCCACAAACCAGCAGGCAAACUUUACAUUCCGCAACUCGACUGCUACGAUCUAUUUACCUGCGAGUUUGGACGGGACACCAGCCCCGGGGAGGCUCUGUGUUUCUCCUCGGGUCGGACGGUGCAGGUGCACCUCUUGCGGCACCUGCGGAAACUUGAUAACUUUGCUCCAUCGGUUUAAGGCUAACUUUAGUUUUCUCACAGGACAUUUUGGUAUCUCGUCGUUACUUAGUUUACUUACAAAUAUUAUAUACGCAAUUCAUGGCGUAUUGGUCGCUUUUAAUAAGUCUCAGGCGUCAGCCCAUGAAGCGCUGGUGUUUGCUAAGCCGGAUUUCGGCUAAUCUUAGCGAGCAGCCUCGCUGGGUUGCUCAUUGACCAUCAUACUUCUACCGGAGUGGAGACGUGGAUACACGCUUGUAGGCUGCCUUUCUCACAGGACUUUGGACACUAUUUGACUUUCCUGGGUGCUGCGGAGGGGAUUCACCUCGCUAAAGUGACAUAAUGAGUAUAUUUAAAAGUUAUAUUUUAAAGUUUUAAUUUUUUUUUUUCCUUUUAGUUCUAUAAGCUCUGCACCCUAUGGUGCCGCUAGGGCCACCGAGAAAUGGAUGUCUCGCAGGCCGCUUCCCCAAACGGUGAAGGGCGGCCGGGCGGCGGUGGGACCGGGGAGCAUGCCUGGACAGAGUGCCCGACUGGCCGGUCGUGGGCUCACUCUGCCCCGCUGUGUCCCACUCGGUCCCUGUGGACCGCCGCGUACGACUACGAGGCAAGCGGCGAGGACGAGCUCAGCCUCAGGAGAGGGGACGUGGUCGAGGUCCUGUCCAAGGACGCUGCGAUCUCCGGGGACGAAGGAUGGUGGACGGGCAAGCUGAACCACCGGGUCGGGAUUUUCCCUUCUAAUUACGUCACGUACCAGCCUGCUAUUUACCGUCUUCCCGCAACCAGUGGGUCGGCGGGGGUGUCGGAGCAAGUGCCCAGCUCGCCCACUCAGAUUCCCUUCAGUGAACUGGUGCUGGAGGAAAUCAUUGGCGUGGGUGGCUUUGGCAAAGUCUACCGGGGAACAUGGAAAGAUCAAGAGGUCGCGGUGAAAGCGGCACGGCAAGACCCGGAUGAGGACAUCACGGCCACCGCCGCCAGCGUCAAGCAGGAGGCCAAGCUGUUUUCGAUGCUGCAGCAUCCCAACAUCAUCAAACUGGAGGGGGUGUGCUUGGAGGAGCCCAACCUGUGCCUGGUGAUGGAGUAUGCCCGAGGCGGGACGCUGAACCGGGCGCUGACUGGAAGGCGCAUCCCGCCACACAUCCUGGUCAACUGGGCCGUGCAGAUCGCACGCGGGAUGCUCUAUCUGCACGAGGAGGCCGUGGUACCCAUCAUCCAUCGGGACCUGAAGUCCAGUAACAUUUUAUUACUUGAAAAAAUUGAGAACGACGACAUCGGGAGGAAGACCUUGAAGAUCACGGACUUCGGCCUCGCCAGGGAGUGGCACAAAACUACAAAAAUGUCGGCUGCAGGCACCUACUCCUGGAUGGCCCCAGAGGUCAUCAAGUCCUCGCUCUUCUCCAAAGGCAGCGACGUGUGGAGUUACGGUGUCCUGCUGUGGGAGCUGUUAACGGGGGAGGUCCCGUACCGAGGGAUCGACGGUCUGGCUGUUGCUUACGGUGUUGCUGUCAACAAGUUGACUCUUCCCAUCCCCUCCACCUGCCCCGAACCCUUCGCCAAGCUUAUGGAAGAGUGCUGGGACCAGGACCCUCAUGUCCGCCCCUCCUUCUCCUGCAUCCUGGAGCAGCUGUCGGCCAUCGAGGAGGCGGUGAUGGCCACCAUGCCCCAGGACUCCUUCCACAGCAUGCAGGACGACUGGCGGGUGGAGAUCCAGGAGAUGUUCGAUGAGCUCAGGACCAAAGAGAAGGAGCUGCGCUCCAGGGAGGAGGAGCUGACGCGGGCCGCCCUGCAGCAGAAGUCUCAGGAGGAGCUGCUGAAGCGGCGCGAGCAGCAGCUGGCGGAGCGCGAGAUCAACGUGUUGGAGAGAGAGCUCAACAUCCUCAUCUUCCAGCUCAACAAGGACAAGCCCAACGUCAAGAAGAGGAAAGGCAAAUUCAAACGCUCCCGCCUCAAACUGAAGGAUGGAAACCGCAUCAGCCUGCCCUCAGACUUCCAGCACAAGAUAACCGUGCAGGCGUCGCCUUCCAUGGACAAGCGGCGCAGCCUCCACAGCACCAGCUCCUCUCCGCCCAGCAGCCCCACACUCAUCCCCCGACUGCGAGCCAUCCAGCUCACACAAGACGAGAGCAACCGUACGUGGGGCCGCAGCUCCCUCUUCAGGCCAGAGGAGUUCGACGACGUGAAAAAAGGAAUCAAGAAGAAAGGAAGAACCUGGGGCCCCAGUUCAGUUCAGAGCAAAGAAAGACCUGCUGCAGCUGAGAGGGUGCGCCCUCUGUCAGACGGCAGUAACCCCUGGUCCACCAGCCUGCUGAAGUCCCAGAAGUCUGUUCCCCUCGCCGCUCUGUUCGGCGAACAAGCGGGAGCAGGCAGGGAGGAGGCGUUCCCCCAGGAAUGUCCCGACAGCAGCUCCAAACCAAAGCAGCUCAAGUUCCCCAACCAGGUUUACAUCGACCUUCCUCUGUGGAGGGACGAGACGCAGCCUCAGAGCCCCGGCGGGAGCGGCGGACCGGGCGACGCCGGGGUCGGUGCAGGAAGUCCCCCAGAGACUCCGGAAGACCCCUGCACCACCACGUCCACCUCCUCCACCUCCACAACCCCUCAGCUGACCCCCACCAACAGCCUGAAGAGGGCGUCAGCGCGACGGAAGACCGACUUUGCGCUGUACGGCUGCGGCUCGCUGCUGGCCUCCGUGGUCCUGGGUUACGACAUCAGAGAGGCCAUCAGGACCUCAGCUCCUCCUGAGGAGUACGAAACCCCAAAAGAGGAGAAGAAGAAGAAGGAGGGCCUGUUUCAGCGUGCAACCCGGUUCCGCCGCAGCACCUCCCCGCCGGGCGGCCGCUCCCGCAAGGAAGACGCGUCUUCAAACGGCGCCGGCGCCCCGCCGGUCAACCUCGUCUCGAUGUCUGCCAUCAUGGAGUGCAAUUCCACCAAGUGCCUCUUACAGCCGGAGGCGGAGGCGUCGGAGCCGAGUCCUGGGAAGGCCGAGCCUGCGGUCAACGAUCACAACUCAGAAACGUCCCGACCCGUCAGAGCAGCAGCUGCAGACAGCCAGAGCAACAAGCCUGCAGCUGAAACCCAGAAGGCAGAGCAAAGUCAGAGUCGGCCCCCAGAGCAGAGCAAACACAACACAGGAACACGACUGCGCAGGAAGAAGUACACCACCAACCACAACACCCACAACGGCCCUCCGGCGCCACCUGCUGCUCAGAGGAAGCAGGAGAAGGAGGAAAAGCCGGCCAACGGGGACGCUGUCCCGCGGCAGAGGCCCCUGUCAUUCCGGGCCAAGCCCCACACCUGGGCCCUGCUGCGGGGCCGCAACAAGAGCUACUCCCUGGGCCACUACUCCGGGGAGAAGACGGCCCAGGACCUGAGCGUAGUGCUGUCCUCGGAGGUGGGCUGCUCGCUGCUCGACAUGGACACGGAGGGGCAGAAACGGGACUGCACCGUGCCGCUCUGCCGCAUCCAGAGCUCCCCAGCACGGCCCUCCAUGUUUGAGCUGGAGAAAGAGUUUUUCUCCUAGGAGCCUGGAGCUGAGCGAGGCGGGCUGUAGAGGGUAGCUGGGGGGGGUUUUAGACGUACGCUGCCUUUGUUCCUUUUUGUCUCUAAAAGCACCAUAGAAAGAAGGUUUUUUUUUUUUUUUUUGCUUAGUGCCUGAGCAAAGUGAUGUUGGGGUGUCACAGCGCUCUAAAAGAACCGCCUUAAACACGUUUCCAGAACAGACUCUGACCCCUGACCUUGCCCUCGCCGUUACCCCGCCCUGUCCCCUCCGUAUGUCGUCGCAGCUCAACGUUGACCGCCGCUGCAUCUCCCCCGACUCAAAACACCUUUUUAUUUAUUUUUAUCGGUAAUUUAAUAUGAACUGAGUUAGUGGGCAGCAGGACAUACAUUCCACCUCCGUUUCACAGCUGCGUCAUCAGGCUCCUAGAUUUAUUUUCUCACUUGAGAAUCGUACAUGUAAACUUAAAAUGUUCACACACAAAAAAGGCAAUGUUUGUAAAUAUGACUUUUUACCCACUGUCAGCCUGAUGCUGCUGCUGUUUUCUAUUGCAAAUGUGUUUUUAUGACUGUCAGCUCAGUCUGCGCUCUAGGGACAGGUUACAUUAUCAAUGCUAGAGCCGAAGCAUCUGUUGUUCCACCCAGAACGGCCUAAAGAUUAUAGAGAUGCAGGUAGAAAAUCACUGGAAGUCUUACAAAGCAGACAUGGAAACUAUUCUUGUAAAAAAAAAAAAAAGACAAGAAAAAUGUUGCUGUUUAUGUAUUUAUAGAUGUUUUUUUUUUUUUUCUGGUUCUCAGCACACUAAAGCAGAUUUUUCAUAUAAAGCAGUAAAACCCAACAAGAGCUGAUUGGUUGAAACAUGAACACAUGAGCUGCGUCUGUAAUGGGGAGUUGAAAAAGUUCAACUCUUACGGAUUCAUCUCACACCCUCGAGCUUUUAUUUGAAAUUUUGAUGAUUGUGACCUGGAGCUCAUGAAACGUGUCAGAAAUAUUCCAUAAGGAUGGGGCGUCAAUCACAGUGUUGCCAUGGUUACUGGCGGCUUCAGCAGCAGGAGUCACGUUCUGCUGGAAGAUGACAUCAGUAUCCUCAUGGCUUCACAACCCUUUCUAAGCUGUUACUUUCUCAUCUUUUUCCGCACUGCCACACUUUUUCCUCCACUCAACUUUCCAUUGACAUCCACUGAACAGGCAGAUUCGUUAUCAGCGACCUUUUGAGGUCACUGUCUUAAAAGUAACACAUCAGUACUUUUUAAAAAAUUAUUAUUAUUGGUCUUAUGCAAUAUUUUAAAAUCCCAAUAAACGUUCUACUCAGUUCCAUUAGCUUUAAGCCGUAGUCAUCAAAACAAAGAAUCUGUUUAGCACGAGUUUUACCUUUUGAUGAGUUACUGAAACAAAUCACAGUUUAAGUCAUACUCUGUUUUACUGAGGGACUUGUAUUAUUUCCACACAUUCCUGAAUGCAGCUGGUUUUUAAAGUGUGCUCAGUAAAGCUUGUGCCUUUUUUAAUGCAAGCAUCACAUAUUUUUACCUGAAUGAACCUGUUGAACUGUUACAUUUAACAACUUCCACAUUCGGUUGAAUCCGUUUCGCAUCAUGAAGUCUAUUUAAGCGUAAAAAUAUUUCUUUUCACCUGAACAAACUCGUCCCGUCGCGCUCAGAAAAGUCCGGAGACGUUUGAAUUACAUUUUACUUUAAACUACCUGCUUCCUCAGGACUUGUGAAGGUCUCUGUAUCCCAGCAGGCUUUGCUCUCCAGACCUUUUCUACGCUCCAGAGCUCUGAAUCGGGUUUUAACUGUAACUGAAAAGUGCGUACAGCGCCUCUUCACUUGUUUCACCCGUUGUCUUACUGAGUUUCCUAGAGAAGGGCUAAAGGAUGAACUUAGAGAAGCGUCUGAAUUACCAGACGGUGUGAAUGUCUUCCUGACAUUUGCGUGCGUCUUGAUUUUUUGAUUUUUUUUGUAGAGCGUGAAGUAUCCGAGUCUCAAACUGUUAAAGGUGCUAUCCAAGCCGUUUUUCAGAACCGUCUGUAAAUAGCGCGCCAUUUUGUGGCGAAAGUUUUCUCUUACAUUCCUAAGACGCUUUUCCACGGCAGCGAUGGGGACCAGAUUUGACAUUAUAAUUUUUCUGCGUUCAGACCCAAAAACCACUAAUCCAACCUGCUGCUAUGUGAAGGAGACGAAGCGUAGAGGCCUGCGAAGUGAUCAAACUGUGUAAAACUUCUUCUUCUUUUUUUGUUUUUAAAGACGGCUGAUGACACUGACUGGGUUCAGAUCUGUUUCAGUGGGCCGUGCGUGUUUAUCCUGACAGUAUUGGUUAUGUCAUGCCUGAUCAAUCAAGAGUUAUCAUGUUUAUCAACGUUUUAAAUAAAGUCCACAUCAAGCCUA